GUUGAAUUUUGUUGAUGUCAUUGGAAGAUAGGGAAAUUUGGGGAAGAUGCAGCACACUCCAGUAACAAUAGAGGACCAGUUAAUAUCGAAAGCUGUAAGAGAAGAAUGUCCAUGGGAAAACCUCCCGAAACGACUCCAAUCUAUUCUUGGGUCUAAGGAUGAAUGGCAUAGAAGGGUUACGGCGCAUUGUAUAAAGAAAAGACUUCUAUGGAAUACAUGUUUUGCUUGUAAAGUUUGCAAAGAAGGUGAAUAUUAUGAAGAUAUGAUGCGUUACUUGCGAAAGAAUCUGGCGCUCUUUCCAUACCACCUUGCAGAGUAUGUUUGCCGUGUGAUGAGGAUAUCACCUUUCAGAUACUACUGUGAUAUGAUAUUUGAAGUCAUGAGAAAUGAGCAACCUUAUGACAGUAUUCCAAACUUCAGUGCGGCAGAUGCUUUCCGGCUUACAGGAAUAGGGAGGAAUGAGUUCAUUGAUAUCAUGAAUAAAUGCAGAUCUAAGAAAAUAAUGUGGAAGCUGAAUAAAUCAAUUGCAAAAGACUUCUUACCUACUCAACCUGUGGAUUUCCCUAUUGACCCUUGGUGGGGUGUUUGCCUUGUCAACUUCACCAUAGAAGAGUUUAAGAAACUUUCAGAAGAUGAGAUGGCAACAAUAGAUAAAAUAUGCAAAGAGGAAGCUAAUGCAUAUUUCCUCUUCGAUCCAGAAGUCAUAAAAGGCCUGUACCAGAGGGGAUUGGUAUAUUUUGAUGUCCCAGUCUAUCAGGACGACCGCUUUAAAGUUUCAAAGCUUGAAGGGUUCAUCUCUAACAGAGAGCAGUCUUACGAAGAUCCCAUUGAAGAAUUACUCUAUGCAGUUUUUGUAGUUUCAAAUGAGAACUCAACAGUUGCAGAGCUGGCAUCCACUUUGCAAGCUGACGUAACUCAAUUACAGGCUGCUGCAUCUUUUGUUUGCCGGUUGGGAUGGGCUGUCAAGUUAAUUGAUCCGUCAUCUGUGCUUCAUGACAAGAUUAUGCCUGGGUCUCCACGUGCCGUCCUCAGUGAUGACGAAGAUGCAUCUCGCGCUAGUUUAGGCUCUACCUACAAGUCCGCUGAUGGUGAGGAGGCUCAACAUGGAGAUAAUUUAGGGACUGAAAGCUCUGGAUCGCGUUCUAGUCAUGUUCGGGUUGCUUUCAUAGUUGAUGCUAAUAUAACAUCGUAUUUAAUGAUGGGUUCUGUGUCACCAGGAUUGAAAUCUCAUGCUGUGACACUCUAUGAAGCGGGAAAACUUGGACAUACUAGUAUCCCAGACCUUUGCCAGGAUUUGAGCACAUUAGAGGGAGCGAAAUUUGAGGGUGAACUGCAAGAAUUUGCAAAUCAUGCCUUUAGCCUUCGUUGUGUCCUGGAAUGUUUGAUAUCUGGUGGAGUAGCUACUGAUACAAUAGUUGAUACAAUGGGUUCGGGAACUUUGAGCAAUGAUGAGGCUGUUACUCUUCUUGCAGAUGUUAAUUUACCUGAUAAUUCGGGGGAUUCUUUAACUAGCCAAAAUAGUGAGGCCUCCACGGUUUCAGGCACCCCUCAAGAGGAUCCCUUGUCGACAGAGCAUGUCCCUGAAAGUACUGAGCAUGUCCCUGAAAGCGCUAAGCAUGAAGCAGCUUCCAGUACACCGUCUGUCCCUGAAAGCGCUAAGCAUGAAGCAGCUUCCAGUACAUCGUCUGUCGAUACUACUGCCUUGACUGAGACCUUCAGUUCUAACCUUAACCUUGAAAAUGAGGGGAAACCAAUUCCUGUAGAUGGACCCGACACCGGUAAAGGAAACAAGAAAAGGAAAAAAUAUCGUGUUGAUAUUCUCCGUUGUGAAAGUCUGGCUUCUCUAACACCAGCUACUCUAGAUCGUUUGUUUUCCCGUGACUAUGAUAUUGUUGUUUCAAUGAUUCCUCUUCCACUUACGACUGUUCUUCCUGGACCGUCAGGCCCUGUUCAUUUCGGUCCUCCCUCCCAUUCAUCCAUGACACAGUGGAUGAAAUUGGUACUGUAUUCAACCGUGGGCAUUGGGCCUUUGUCGGUUAUCUUGAUGAAAGGGCAGUGUCUGCGGAUGCUUCCUGCUCCACUAGCUGGCUGUGAGAAAGCUAUCAUUUGGUCUUGGGAUGGAUCUUCGGUUGGUGGUUUAGGAAACAAGUUUGAAGGUAACUUGGUCAAGGGAAGUAUUUUGUUGCACUGUUUAAAUUGCCUUCUCAAGUGCUCAGCUGUUCUUGUUCAGCCUCUCAGCAAGCAUGAUCUUGAUAGCUCUGGAAGAAUUGUUACUUUAGAUAUACCAUUACCCCUGAAGAAUUCUGAUGGUUCCAUUCCUCAUUUCGGCGACGAGCUUGGACUUCCCCUCGAGGAAAAUACAAAGUUGAACUCUGUUUUAACUAAGCUGGCGAACAACAUGGAAUUGAAGACAGUCGGUUACAUUCGCCUUUUGAAACUCUUUAAAGCAAAGGAUUCGUCGAAGCAUUUUUCUCCGGAUGAUGAUGAGAAGUAUGAAUGGGUCCCUUUAACCGUGGAGUUUGGGCUUCCACUUUUCAGUCCAAAGUUAUGCAACAAUAUCUGCAAAAGAAUCGUCUCAUCACAGUUACUUCAAGCAGAUUCGCUCAUGGAACAACACAAUGCAAUGCAAUGUAUAAGGAAAAGGUUGAAAGAUAUAUGUGCACUGUACCAAGCAACAGGUCCAGCUGCUAAAGUUCUUUACCAGAAAGAACAAGUAAAGGAGCCUACCCGUAGUAAUAAGCUCAUGAACUACGCAAGUGGAAGGUGGAACCCACUCGUGGACCCUUCCUCACCAAUUUCAGGAGCCACAAGUGAAUUUCAAAGGCUGAAACUAGCUAAUCGACAGCGUUGCCGGACUGAAGUUCUGAGCUUCGAUGGUAGCAUCCUUAGAUCCUACACCCUGGCACCAGUGUUCGAGGCCGCCACAAGGAGCAUUGAUGAGAAUGCUCCUUCAAGUACAACAAAAGCAGAUGCUGAUGAAGCAGAUAGCCGAGAAGUGAUUCUUCCAGGACUGAAUCUUCUCUAUGAUGGUUCAGAGUUGCACCCUUUUGAUAUUGGCGCUUGCCUUCAGGCUCGCCAGCCGGUUGCUCUCAUAGCAGAAGCUGCUGCCGCGUCUGCAUCCCUUGCCCCGAAGUAGACUAGUACUCAAAAAGAUUCUAAUCCAGAUUUCAUUGGACAUCAAGUAAAAGGUACGUAAUUGUAUCAACUGAAAUCUUGAAUCUCAGGCUCUCAGCCGUGUUCAUAGUAUGUGUCACUAGGAUCUAGCUCUGUGAAUUUGGUUUGCAUCUGCAUAAAUUUAGAAGUGGACA